CGUCCUUCGUUCAUUGCUGCGUGCCCUUUCCCAACACUUCAGCCCAUCCGCCGAUGUCGGCGAAAGUGUUGAAUGAGUAGCCUCCUUCACCUCGUCACUUCCUCGGCAGGAUGUCGCACAGAGCGAGAGGGCACAGUCGCUGCCCACCAUGGGAAGCCGGCGAGGGGCGGCUUCGAGACGCUCCUGCCCUCACACGAGACCGCGAAGCAGCCCGAGCUUUAUUCGCCUCCAAGGGAGAGCGAUCACUUCUUCUUGCCAGCUUGUGUGUCGUCUCGCCCCUUCCCUUCCUUCCUUACCACCUUCAAGCCGCUCGUCUCCUCCCCUACCCCACCAUCUGACCCCUCUCAUCUCCGCUAUUGUAGUCGCGCGCCCCUGCCAUGAGCUCGCUCGCCGACAAGCUGUCCUCUUGGACGCAGGCCUCACCAGCUGAGGCUUCGACUUCGACAGCCCUUGCAUUGGCUUGGCUGAACUCACCUUACGUCUACAGCCCCCUCAUCGCCGUGCUCGCUCUCCUCUGCGUUCUGCGAUUCUCCAAGGCAGCCCGAACGCCUCUUGUAUUUGCUUGGAACUGUUUCGUCCAGCCUAUUGGUAAGGUUGCGAACCAGGGAGAGCGUCUUGAUAAGUUCUAUCAGCACCAGGCGACGAUCUACGAUGUCACCCGCAACCACCUCCUGCGAGGUCGUAAAACGAUGCUCAAGCUGUGUGCCGCCCAGCUCCACGAGAUGCGUCGCACCCAGCCCUCGAAGCCUCUGAUCUGGGUCGAUGUAGGCGGCGGCACCGGAUGGAACAUUGAGCAGAUGGCCGAGUACUUCCCACUCGAGCAGCUCUCCCACAUUUACUUGAUUGACCUGUGCGAGCCCUUGCUCGAUGUGGCUCGCAAGCGCUUCGCCGCUCGUGGGCUCAAGAACGUCACCGUACUUUGCCAGGACGCUUCUGAGUUUACGCUGCCUGAUUUGAAGGAGGGCAAGAUGAUCGACUUGUUCACGUGCAGCUACAGCAUCUCGAUGAUGCCCCCCUUCUACGCCGUCCUGGACCGCAUCUACUCGUAUCUUGACCCUGAGACAGGCGUCUUUGGCGUCGUUGACUUCUACGUAUCAGGCAAGACUCCCCCUGGCAAGCAGUCGGCCAUGAUCGGCGGCGAUGUUCGACGCGAAUGCGGUCCCAUCAGCCGCUGGUUCUGGCGCCAGUGGUUCUCCCUCGACCACGUUGAGCUCCACCCGGCGAGGCGCGACUACCUCGAGUACAAGUUUGGGACUAUCAAGUGCUUCAACGGGAGGAACAACUUUGUUAUCCCGUUCAUUGUGCGCAUUCCGUUCUACGUGUGGAUUGGAUGCUCUAGGGACCGAGACACAACUAAGGCCGUGCAAGCUUUCGAAAUCGAGGCGGGAAACCGUGUGAUUUGCCCUCCCUCCUUCCCCGAGCUCUCCUUCUCCCACAUCCUCGCCCAGAAGCAGGAGGAAGAUGCAACCGCCCGCUCGAGCGCUCUUCGCCGCCUCUCCCUCGCCCAGUCAACUUCGACGAGCUCCUCGAGUCUGGUGCGCCGCCGAGGCUCCGACGAUGGCGAGUCGGACGAAUCGCUUGGGGACGAAGGCUCGGGUUCAUGGCGCCUCGACCUUGGCCCGCAGUUGCCGCUCAGCUCCUUCCACUACCAGAGACGCCAGUGGCGCCUCCCCUUCGUCGACUCCAAGUUCAGCGAAAUGUUCCGCACGUGGAUCUAUGGCUUCACCUGGGAGGAUCCCUACGUCGACAUCGAGCACAUGGCCAUCAAGCCUACGGACUCGGUGCUCUGCAUCACUUCUGCCGGGGACAACGCCUUGCACUACGCUAUUGCGGCAAAGCCUGAGCGCAUUCAUUGUGUGGACAUGAACCCCUGCCAGGGGCAUUUGCUUGAGCUCAAGCUCGCCUGCAUUGCGGCAUUGAGCUACGAAGAAUUCUGGAAGCUCUUCGGUGACGGUAAGACGGACGAUUUUGCCGAGUUGCUCGACCGCAAGAUCUCUCCCUACUUGAGCUCGCACGCUUACCAGUUCUGGAGGCUCAACACGCACUGCUGGGAUCGCAACUUCUACUUCCGUGGCUACUCUGGCCAUGCCCUGAGGCUCGCAAAGGUGGCCUUCAGCCUCUUUGGCUGCAACAGGUCGGCUGAGGCUAUGUGCAACGCCGGAACGCUCGAAGAGCAGGCAAGCAUUUGGAAAAGGUCUCUCCGCAAGACCCUGAUCAACCCAACGCUGAUCAAUGUCUUCCUGAGCAACCCAGCCUUCCUGUGGAACGCGCUCGGCGUGCCCAUCAACCAGUUCAACUGUUUCCGCAAUGAGGGUGUGUCGGCGGGACAGUACGCUGUUGACACAUUGGACCCUGUUGUAAACCACUCGCUACUCAAGAGCGAUAAUUACCACUAUCACUUGUGCCUCACGGGCAGGUACUCGCACGACUCGUGCCCGCUCUACCUGAAGAAAGAGGGUUUCGAGGCCCUCAAGCGCAAUGCGGCUAAACCGCUCGAUGCCUUCAGGCUGCACACAGACUCUAUUGUGAACGUCUUGAGGGGCCUGGGCGAUGACUCGCUCACCCACGCUGUCGUCAUGGAUCACAUGGACUGGUUUGACCCCAUUCCUCCUCAAAUGCCAGCACCGACCCUCAAGCAAGCCCGCGAGGACCCCGCAGUCAACAGCGCCCGUGCCACCAUCUCUGACCUGGACCGUGAGAUUCGCGAACUCAGUCGCGUCGUUCGUCCAGGCGGGGCCGUCUACUGGCGCAGCGCUGCUAAGGAGCCGUGGUACAGGCAGAGAUUCGAGAAGAUGGGAUUCAAGACUGAGCGCUUGCAGGUAAGAGAGAGUGGCAAGUCGAUCGAUCGAGUCAACAUGUACGCUUCGCAUUGGAAGGCGACGCGCAUGUCGUAACUUCGUCUCGAAGGGGAGGAGAAUCGUGGGCGCGGCGACGGAGGUGCCAGCUAGGAUGAUGCGAAGUCGCGGCCUCUACGCUUCGAUCCCUACAAAUGAUGAAUCUGUUUUCGUGGAUGACGUUUCAGUGUUCGUCGAGAACGUAUACGCGCUGAAAGAACAACAAGAUUGGUAUGCCCGCCUCCCCUCGCCGGGAUUGACCGUCUUCUGUCUGUCGCCCGCAGCGAUCUGUCGUCAAGUCGCGCCCUCGCCCGCU